CGCAGCGCUAGCCUGGACAGAGUCACUGCGCGCGCCAGAGGCCACUCGCUCUAUUUAUCCAACAAGUGCCCGUCCGUUUCUCUCGUUCUCUCUCUCUCUGGGACCGUUCAACGACUUGUCUUCGCCUUUGAAAUGUCAAUUACGCAUGCUAGUUACAUUAAAACGACAGCGAAGCGGAGGAACGUGUUGACAUAAACCUUGUAUGUUUAUUGACCAGGCGCGCCAACUUUUAGGGAAUAAUUGAAAAUGGCGAUGUGCUUGUUAAAACGUUUGCGGCGUCCCGGUCGUUAGUGUCAGCAGCUGUCAUUUUUCCUCUGGUUUUCUUUAUUUUGAGUUGAAUUUUAGUUUAAUUGCUUUAGUUUAAAUGAACUAACACUAAUCACAACUAAACGAUUCGGUAAGGAGGUGUGUUGGCGUAGAGAGUUUGGACAGGAAAGUAAUGGAAAAUGAUGAGCCCGCGUCGCCGGACCCGAACCAUGACAGCACUCAGAGAACAAGAGGAAAUCCAGUGCAUAAGAAAUCCCAUCUAAAAAACCACCUAAUCUCUCCACCUCGCGACAGCAUCAUCUGUUCAGAAGUUUGGUUAACUGUGACACAGAGCUGUCAACCAUACUGAGUGAUUUUGACGUAUAUCUUCACCAGAGAAAGACAGCAGUUCACACAUGCUGUGAAGAUGAUGCGAGUUGUACGCGACUCAUUCCGCCAUAUUAGCAGAAGGAUGAAACGUCCAAGGUGUCUUGAACCACCUAAGUCAGAGCUGGAUGAUGCACAUCAUGGAGGAUGGGAAGCUCAGAUUGAGGUGAUCCCAUGUAAGAUCUGUGGAGACAAGUCAUCAGGGGUUCAUUAUGGAGUUAUCACUUGUGAGGGCUGCAAGGGCUUCUUCCGCAGAAGUCAGUCCUCCAGCGUGCAGUACUCGUGCUCCAGACAGAGCAACUGCCCCAUUGACCGCGCCAGCCGUAACCGCUGCCAGAGCUGCCGCCUCAAAAAAUGUGUCGCUCAAGGAAUGAGCCGUGACGCGGUGAAGUUUGGUCGUAUGUCUAAACGUCAGAGAGACUCGCUAUUUGCAGAAGUCGAGAGACAUCGGCAGCAGCAGCGUCUUCAGGCCAACUCAGUCCAAGAGCCCCAGCCUCUCCCAGCCUACCGCACUGGCAAAGAGCCCAGAGAACAGUCACCACAUCUCAUCCCACCUCUACCUCCAGCUUACCCUUAUUCUGUAGAGCCUGAACUGCAAGGGUGCCCUCCAGAGGUGCAUCCAUACCUGGAGUGUCGCAUAGGCGAGGCCCAGGCUCAGAGUCUGGCCUACAGGGGCUCCCACAGAAGAGGUGAGAGCAACAGCUUGUCAGCUGGGCGAGGAUUUGACUCCACAAGGUCUACACCAGAGGCUAUUCUGAACAUGAGCGGCAGUGAAAUAGGGUUUCGUCCUUUUGACCCUGAGAGCUCGUUCUUUUCUUACCCGACAUCUCUGCACAUAGAGGACAUCUCUGCAAGUAUCAUACGUUCUCACAGAGAGACGACUCAGUAUCGGCCGGAACAGCUGCAGGCUCUCAGAUGGAAGGUUUUCAGCAGGGAGGAGAUCCACGCUUACCAGAGCAAAUCGGUGGAUGAGAUGUGGCAGCACUGUGCGGUGCGGUUGACCGAUGCUGUUCAGUACGUGGUGGAAUUUGCUAAACGUAUCCCAGGAUUCCGUCAGCUUUGUCAGAAUGAUCAAAUUGCUCUCCUCAAGAGUGGGUCCAUGGAAGUGGUUCUGGUUCGGAUGAGUCGGAUGUUUAACACAGAAAACAACACAGUAUUCUUUGACGGCAAAUUUGCAGGAACAGAACUUUUCAAAUCCCUCGCAUGCGGUGAUCUACUAGCUGCUGUAUUCGACUUUGCUCACAAUCUGUGUGUGCUGAGACUGACUGAACAGCAGAUAGCAGUGUUCACUGCGCUGGUCCUCCUCAAUGCAGAUCGACCGUGUCUGGAAGACAGAGAGCGAGUGCAGAGAGUAAGGAGAGAUGUGGAGCUUGCCCUUCGUCACAUUCUGCACAGAGACAAUCAGGAGAGUCUACUGCAUAAGCUGUAUCAAAGAGUCCCAGUGCUGAAGUCUCUGUGUGCGCUGCAUAUUGAGAAACUGCGAUGGUUCCGGCAGCUUUACCCUCUCACGGUGCAUUCCCUCUUCCCUCCGCUAUACAAAGAGCUGUUUGGCUCUGACACAGAUAUACUGACACUGACUUCCCAUUGAACACACACACACAGACACAUUUCAUUUGCAGAUGCAGGAAUGAAAUGACAUCGCACACAAUACACAAACGCACCCACAGUUAAUAUAGUGUAAGCAUUCUAGAUCUAAAUAAGAAGUUAAAUAUAUUUUUGUAAAUCUCAUAAGAACAGAAAAUAAUAUUAACAGAAGUAUGCAGUAUUUUGUGCAAAUUCUAUUCUGUAGGCCAAAAGCAAAAUAUUACUACAAAUCCUAUUCAGUAUUCCUAAACUUGGUUUUGUCUGAGGAUGUAUUUUAAUGUUUUCAAUGAUCCUAGCUGGUAUAGAGGAGCUUUAGCUCUGAUCAACAUCGUGAUUUAUAGAGAUGAUCAGUUUUGAUACAAUGAUAUUUGCAGAUCUCAAAGCAUCGUUGAAAAAGGAACUGCUAUUUUUCUAAAAACUGACAACAUCAGUUAGCAACUGUGGAUUUUAAAGCUUCAUUUACACAUUAGAGUCCCCUUUUUUCCUCCCUUUUGAUUUCUCAGGCGGUACAGAGACGUGAAUGCUUAAUGACUUUUGCUACUUAUAGCCUAUUACAUUAUUGCAUUAAUUUAAGUAUGAUUAUCUAUUUUGUGUCAGCUUUUUUUUGUAUGUACUCCCCUCCCAUUAAAGCUUGUCUUGGCACUUAUAAUACUCAUCUUUCAUUCAUUUCACAUGGAUUUGAAAAGAACCUGUUGCUUCAUGAUGGAUUGUGUUCUUGAAAUCACCAUUCCCUUCAAACAGACCAUCUUAAGAUGUGUUUUUGGAUUUUCUCUGUUUAUUAAAAUAAUUAUCAAACUUGCAGAUUUGACUAUUUAUGCUCAAGGUUCUAAAAAAUAAUAGAAUACUUCUAUGAAAUAAAAUAAAAUGCUCUUAUUCAAUAUGCUUGUGUAGACACUUAGAUUGACAACUAUUCUAUUUUGUCUUAAUUGCAGUUUAAUUUGUGGAAAUCUAUAAAGAGGUGUCCUUAUGUUUAUUUGAAGGAGUAUGUGUGCUUUAUAAAUCUGUGUUUAUCAAAAGUCUCUGUGCAUUUUCCAUAAAUCUUUUAGUUUUUAUUUUUGGCACAGUUUCUGUUCCCUGUUGUAUUUUGUGUCAGCUUUAACUUAUAACUCACACAGUUCAUGAAACCCUGUUAUUGUUUCAGAUUUGUUCUGUUUUGGAGCAUAAACACUUGUUUGCUAUCUGUUGUGUUGCUUUGCAGAAAAGACCUCAAAUAAACUUAUGAAAAGCGUAAA